AUGGGGGCACAUCGAGGUUGUUCAGAACACCGCUCCGUCUACCGUCAACAACGUCAAGAUCAAUACCAAGCUCCCGCCGAUACACCGGCUCCUCCUGCGCCGGAAACUCACUCCUACCGCUAUACCGAUCCCGAUCACGCCGUAAUCAUGGACGAAAAGCGAGACUACUACGGAUACCGCACAUCUACACCCCCUCCUCUCCCGGCCAUGUCUGCACGGAUGACCCGGAGAAGGGGUAUCCUGCCCGUCCUGGCCAUGGCCGCCUUGUUUGCCUACUCCGUCUGGAACUACACGCGCCACCCCUUCAGCCCGGCCGGCAGCGGCACCACUACCCACAUCGUCCCCCAGGAAGCUCCGGUCGAGGUUGCCAAGAGCUUGGUUCCGUUGGAGGCACACAUCAUGAGCAAAUGUCCGGAUGCGAGGGACUGCUUGCGAGAUUUGGUUUUGCCUACCAUGGUGAAGUCCCUGGACAAGGUCAACUUCACCCUGUCGUAUAUUGGCACACCGACCGAGAAUGACGGCGUAGACUGCAAGCACGGCCCUGCCGAGUGCAUGGGAAACAUUAUUGAGCUUUGCGCCAUUCACCUCUACCCGGAUCCUAAGAUCAACCUGGGCUUCACCAUGUGCCUCAGCCGCGAAUACAGCGCCAUUCCUGACCGUACUCUGGUCGAGGACUGCGCUCUCGAGCACGCCAUCGAUAUCAAGGCCCUCGACGACUGCGCUACCCAGGACGACGGAGGCUUUGGUGUUGGCAUGCUGCGUGACAGCGUCCGCCGGAGCCGGUGUCACCAAGAGCUGCACCGUCAGACUCAACGAGGAGAUAUACUGCAUCCGGGAUGA